UUCGAUUCUAGACGCAGUUGCAACGCUUGCUUCGAUCGGUUGCGCGUUGCUUGAACACAUUCUGUGUGUCAAGGGUAGUGCAAGUAGUGUUGUUUUUUCACUGUUCUUUGAAGAAUUGUUAGUUUGAUAAGUCUUUAGUUAAGUGUUUCUUGCUCUAGUCGUGCAUAGUUCUAGUCUUUGCUGUGAUAGUUCAAGAGUGAUUGUUCGGGGUGAAAGGCACCAAAGAGAACGUCGUAGCCGUCGUGCAAUUAUCCACGGCUGCGUUAUUAAAUAAUUAAUCUUAAUUGUUAUUAAGACGUUAGUCGGGACCCAGCGUGCCAGCGUGCUGGGUUCGCAGUUUGGGAGCAACUCUGUACGACGGGGUGAACGACUGUGAAUUGUGUGAUAAAAAGUGAUCAUAAAAAUAAGUCAUAACAAGAUGCGAAUCAAGUGGUUAAGUGGUUUGACUUUCUCCGGUUCUAAAAAAGAAUCGACGACGACGACGACGAAGGUCGUGUCAGCGGCAACAAACCCGAAAUCAUCCGCCACCACAACAUGCUGUCGACAGCCUCCGACGAUGACGACGACGCCGACUCCGACGCCACAACAGAGCUCGACGACGACGACGCUGCUCAGUUCGCUCACAUCCGCCGGCAAGAAGUCACGCGGCUGCAAGUGCUGCCGCGGAUCUGCCAGCUGUGCCAACAACAACAACACCAGCAGUCAGCAGCAGUCGAAAAGUGGUUCGAGUUCAGUGGCGGCCAGCAGCACGUCCUCGACCGGGGCCAAAUCGAAAAAGGGCAACUGGGGACUCAAGUUCAACUGUGCCAAACUGAGGGGAGCCUCAAAGUCGUCGUCGGCGGCGGCGUCGGCAGUGGCCGGAGCUAGCGGUAGUGGUUCCAGUAGUAGUAAUAGUGCGGUUCCGGCGGUGGUGGCGGCGGCGACGACGUCCUCGGCGGCACCGAUGGCAAGCAGCGGUAGUGCAACGACGAGUUCGAUUGUCGGGGGUGCCACCGGAAGGUUGCUGAGGAGUGAAUCGGAAAAGGUGGAUUCAUGCGUUUGUACCGCGUACCGCAAAGUGGACGACAUUCCGGCAAUCCCCACCAGCAACGGCUAUCCGCUGUCGGCGAGUUCGCUGGCACUGAUGCCACAUCACCACGCGGCGGCCGCACUUCACCACCACCAUCACCAUUUGGAGGCACCGACGUCGGCAUCCAACGGUGGUCCCGGCGGCGGCGGUGGAGGAACGGCGACAGCGGCCACUAAUCAACCGCAGCAGCAACAGCAGAACCACGCAUUCCUGUUCCCGGCGGAGCAUCACGGGCAUCACCAUCCGGGCACGACCACGACCAUCAUUCACCGCAUCGAUGGCAACACGGCCCAGGCGCUGUAUGGCAGUUUGGGCGCCGGUGGCCACCACGGAGGCAACUCGGUGAUUGUCGUUUCCGGUGCCGGCAUGUUUGACAUCUCGAGGUUCAACAGCAGCGAUGAGUUCUCGCUGGAAGACUGCGACGAACGGGCGCGGUUGCAGCGCGAGCUGGAGAUCCGCGAAGGCGUCGACGCGCCACCAAACUUCACCCCCCGCGCCCUAAUGUCCGGCGGAACGCUGACCGGUGGGACGGCACUGGGUGCCGUCGGCGGUGCCGCCGGAGUCGCCCAAGCCAACCAGAUUGCAUUCGUGUGCUCGCCGGAAACUUCGUCGGCGCUGAGUUUGCUCCAGCGCGGGCUCAUGCUCCAGAACCAGCAUCUGAUGCACGCCGAAGAAAUGCCUCGAGUUCACUCACAGGUCGACUUCAUUCACUGUCUGGUUCCGGACCUGCAGAAGAUCACCAGCUGCUGCUUCUACUGGGGCAAGAUGGACCGGUACGAGGCGGAGAAGCUGCUGGACGGGAAACCCGAGGGGACGUUCCUGCUGCGCGAUUCGGCCCAGGAGGAGUUUCUGUUUUCGGUGUCCUUCCGGAAGUACAGCCGGUCGCUGCACGCGCGCAUCGAGCAGUUUAACCACAAGUUUAGUUUCGACUCACGCGAUCCCGGCGUGUACACGGCCUCCACCGUGACCGGCCUGCUCGAGCACUACAAGGACCCGUCCUGCGUGAUGUUCUUCGAGCCGAUGCUGACGUACCCGCUGAACCGGAACUUUACCUUCUCGCUGCAGCAGCUGUGCCGGGCCACGAUCGUCAGCAACACCACGUACGACGGCAUCAACGGCCUGCCGCUGCCCAAGUCACUCAAGUCGUACCUGAAGGAGUACCACUACCGACAGCGGAUCCGCAUCCGGCCGCUGGACGAGCACCUGUACUCUGGCAUCUAGUACGGCCAAGGCCAAGGGACGACGGCGGAGGACGAGGAGUGGUGGGUGGACGGGGAAAGACCGCGGCGUCGGAUGCGACGGAGACGGCGCCGGACGCGGUCACAGCGGAAUCGGGGUGGUGGCCACAAGGACAAUUACUGGGCCGGUCUGCUCGAGGUGGACGAUAAUUGGCCCGACCUGGAGCGGCGCGGAAUGGUGGGUCGCGAUUUGGGUCACCUCAUUGCGGCGGCCAUUGCGCAGGAACGGGAUGAGCGCGAACAGGCGCGGCGCGUCCGCACGGAGAAGAUUGUCCAGAAGCUGUUUUGCUGCUUCCGGGGCUGAGUGUGUGCGUGUAAAUUGUCCUGUAUUUGUAAAUAGCACAUCUAAAUCACACACAUUGAUUCAGUUAUUCCUUAUUAUUUAUGCCAAUUGUUGUUAUCUAAGUUAUUUGUCCUUUUCACACACACUCACAUUAUAGACCAUUCUAGUUGCGCUUUGCAAACUGUACAUGUGUUAACGCGCGCGUUAUGAUAAUUGUUUAUAACAUUCUUUCGUCGCCUUAGUGAAUUAUGUUACGAUUUAAGCUAGUAGAAGCAAACAGUUUCCUUCCUAAAUAUUUAUAGUGACUGAAGCCGUACAAGCAAGUUAGAAAGAGAGAGAGAGAGAGAUAGAGAGCAACCUUAGAAAAGACUAGUGAAUCUCAAAUUAGUUGAAGAGAAAGCGGUACGGAAUUUAGCAGUUUUCGUUGUUUUUGUUACAGUUCUUAGCACAGAUCAGUUUCCAAAUCUAAUCUCAGUAGGCAGGCGACAUGCGCUCUCCAGUUGCCACAGUUGAUCACUCUUAAAAAAACGCAAAAUAAACAAACUCAACAACAACAAAUCAAACCCAGUAUUCGAAGCUUUCUUCACUCUUAACAAAACAAAACAAAGAUCGAACAUUGUACAACUCUAAGAUAAACAAAAACCCUAGAAAUAGCCGUUACAAAAGAAGCCCAUAUCUAAACAAAAAUCGCGAGAAAUAAAUAAAAAAUACUAAACAGAAACCCGUUCCCAGUGGUACCAACCAACCCUUGUCGUCGUCGUUUAGAGCGUUCAGAACAAUUCCAGCAAAACACGAAUUUAACCCACACUCACACACACACCGUCGUCGUCUUACAGUCACAAAAUCACAAUCAAACCGAAAUGGUUACACAAGAGAAUAAUAACAGCAACAACAACAAAACAUGGAAAAACAAAACCGGUAACCAGCAACGUGUUUUCAAUGUGCACAGAAGAGGAAAAAUUAAUCAAACUAGUAGCAAUUUAGUGAGCAGCGUUUAGAGCAAAAACAAAGUCAGCGUGUGAUAGAGAAAAGGCUAGCAAAAGAGUAAAACAA